CCUGACUUUCGCUCUGACUUCACUUACUUGGCUGACAUCGCAUGAGAGAAGACUUACAACCAGAUCUCCUUCCCUCUCAUUUCCUCUGCUCUCUUUCCAUAUCAACAGCGGUCCCGGCUUCACGGAGCUAGGGAUGAUAAGCCACUCAAUUUACUUCUGAUAUCCCCUGCGUACCUGACCAACCCAUCACUAUCAACCAUGUCGCAGGCUCAACCUGGGCGGGAGUCACCCAAGACUCACCGCGUCGGGGAGCAUUGGAGCGGAGCCAACCCUGUCCCGACCAUCGACAAGUUCCUACAGCGUCUAGAGGUGGAUAAACAAGAGCGCAAGGCCCAUGAGGAAGCCCUGGCGGCCAAGCGGCGGGAGAAGGAGGAACAGGGAGAGGAAAUGGCUCACAAGCCCCGGAAGACAACGGGAAAGACUCGCAUGGUGACCGAUCCCACGACCGGCAAGGAUAUUGAAGUGGAGGACCUCGACGAGGAUUCCAUGGAAGCAGUGAAGGAUCCGAAGCUGGUUGUGCCAAAUGCUAAUCUCGGAAAGCCAACGGACGUCAAAACCGAACCCAACCAAAGCCUUUCCCAGUAUAAAGAAAACCAAGAUAUCACCGCACCCCCCGACCCAAUCGCAGAAGGCACCACGUCAGAUGUUCCUAUUCAUGGCGAGAAAACCAACAUUCUCUUUCAUCCUACUCCCACAGUCACCUAUAAACCCAUGUUUGACAAGCUGGAGAGCCGUGGUAUCGGCCUCUGCCUAGGAAUUGUUGCUGCCAUUGUCUUCACUGGUCGGAUGUUUGGCGGCUCGCUCUGGGGCCUACUGCCGUUAUCAUUCGGCGUUGCAAGUGGUGUGUGGUUAUGGAUACAAGAACUCAUUCGAAGCGGCCGGGAGAUGGAAUGGAGUAGUGAGCAAAUCAGAGGCCAAAUGGCUACUGCAAACCUCCUACCCGAGUCGGUAGAAUGGAUGAACUCUUUUCUCGGGGUCUUCUGGGGCCUCAUCAACCCGGAGAUGCUGACCCCCGUUGCGGAUACCAUCGAAGACAUCAUGCAGGCGUCUGCGCCUGGUGUUGUGGAGAACGUUCGGAUUGCGGAAAUUGAUCAGGGAAACAACCCUAUCCGAAUCUUGAGCUUGCGGUCUCUUCCGGACUCUCAUGUCCAGCAACUCAAGGAUCACAUCCACGAGGAGAACGUGAAGAAUAAAGACCCUCAGGAGGCGGCAGCUGCUGAGGAGGGCGGCAGCUACUACAACAUCGAGGCCUCCUUUGCCUACCACGCGAAACCGAGCGGACAAACCACGUCGUCCAAGGCGCGCAACAUGCACAUGCAAAUUGUUUUCUACCUGGGAAUCAAAGGCCUCUUUGGCGUUCCAUUCCCAGUCUUCGUGGAGUUGAACGAACUGGUAGGCACCGUCCGCGCCAGGUUCCAAAUGAUGCCCGAGGCCCCGUUCAUGAAAGACGUGACGUUCAGUCUUGUUGGACUUCCCCAUAUUAAGGCCGGUUGUAUGCCAAUGGUCACCUGGGGUGUAAACAUCCUGAAUCUCCCCUUAAUCUCCAACUUCGUCAACUAUGCUAUUGCUACGGCCAGCGGUCUGUUUGCAGCUCCUAAAUCAAUGACGAUGGAUCUUAGCAUGAUGCUUAAGGGUGACGAUAUCGUCAAAGAGACCCAGGCACUGGGCAUCAUGUGGAUUCGGAUCCAUCGUGCAAUUGGCUUGAGCAAACAGGACCGACGUGGAAGUUAUGGCGGCGGCAGUGACCCUUACAUCAACCUCUCUUUCUCCAAGUACGGCAAGCCCAUGUACUGUACCCGAGUAAUCACCGACGACCUCAACCCCGUCUGGGAAGAAACCGCGGCGUUGCUCGUAACGCCAGAGUUGAUCAAGGCGGACGAAGCUUUGAGUGUCGAACUCUGGGACUCGGAUCGGACCACCGCGGACGACAUUGUCGGCAAAGUGGAAUUGCCCAUACGCAAAAUGAUCCAACACCCGGGCAAGAUGUAUGCUCAGGUUUCCAAGCUCCAGGGCCUCAACGAGGGCAGCGAAAUGCCGGGAGAACUGCACUGGGAGGUCGGGUUUUUCGGCAAACCCAAGCUGAGAGCCGAGCUGAGGACCGACGGCAAGAAGAAGGAUCUACCGGAGAACUUCAAGGACAUUCCUGAGUUCCAAGACGAAAAGGGUGUCAUCAGUACCGAUCAAGAGGACGCCAUUACCAAGACCCCACCAGAUCCGCUAUGGCCGAGUGGAAUCAUGAGCAUUGUGGUCCAUCAAAUCGUGAAUUUAGAAAUCGAGAACGUCAAAGGCAGCCACGGUAACCGCAAGGGGAGAGACUAUGAGCCAGCCAAACCGUAUGGCGAGCAAAAAGAGGAGGUUGGAGAGAACUUGCCUACGAGCUACUGUAAAAUCAUUCUCAAUGAUGAGCUAAUCUACCGUACUCGUGCCAAAGCCCUAAGCUCCAAGCCUAUCUUCAACGCUGGAACUGAACGAUUCGUCCGAGACUGGCGGUCCGCCUACGUUACCGUUAGCGUCCGCGACCAACGAUAUCGCCAGCACGAUCCUAUCCUCGGCGUGGUGCCAUUGAAGAUUUCGGAGCUCCUUGAGAACAGCUCACAAGUGACCAGAUGGUACCCUCUCACUGGCGGCAUCGGCUUUGGACGCAUUCGCAUCUCUAUUCUCUUCCGGCACGUUGAGACCCGUCUCCCCCCACAGAUGCUCGGCUGGGAUGUCGGCACCUUCCAUUUUAUUUCCGACAAGGUCACCGUAAAGGGAUUCAACCAUCGCUGCAAGAUUCGCCUCCGCACCGGCGGCAGCAGUGGCAAGAUCACUCGUCAUGUGUGCCAUGUCGAAGGAUCCAACAUGACCUACGACCUCUCCAGCGAGGACUACCGACGCGCCAUCCGUCUCCCCGUCAAGCACCGCUACCGAUCGCCCGUCGUAUUCGAAUUCCAACAGCAAGGCCACCAUCACACAACCGCCUAUGCCGUCUACUGGCUCCAACACAUGGCCGACAACGAAGACACCGCCAUCGACAUUCCCAUCUGGGUCACCAAGAACGGCAAGCGACUCACCCAAAACUACAUCACCGAGCAGAACUGCCACAUCAAACGCAGCCCGGGCCUCGAGGACCUGCACGAAGUUGGCCGCCUGCAAUUCCACGGCUUUUUCAGUCCCGGCAUCGACGACUCCCACGAACAAUACGUUGUCGACAACGAGUCCCGCGAGACCUUUGAAACCUGGGAAGCCUGCAUCGCCCAGGGUGUCCGCGAACGCCGCAUCUCCUCCGACAUCCCCGAGGACCUCGAAAGGCUGCAUGAACAAUCCCUCCUUGACGGCCGCGACAUCCUCAAGCACGCCGAGCCCCGCGAACGCCGCCGCUGGAUUGACAAGCAAGGCCAAGACUGGAGUGGCGCCUUCGGCCACGACCCAGGCGCCUAUCUCAACAACCACGGCCACCAAGUGGCCGAACCGGGGCGCGAGACGCCACCUCACGACCCCGUGAACCCACCUCCCACCGUCGCCCAGUCUUACGGCACCAUGCACGAUGAAGAAGCCCGGCACCAGAACUCCCAAGAACAAGAGCAAGAAGAGAAAGAGGCAUCCUCCUCAUCCAGCGAAACCGAGGACGACAUGGCUGACGAUCAGUACCCCAAUCAGCAGCAACGCGUCUCACAGAGUACAGCGUCCACUGGCGGCGCAAGCAGCAGUGCCGGGCCUCCCAGCAUGUACAGUAUAGAUGACGGAUCCCUUAAGAAGGCGAAUAAACGCAGCGAGGAGCGUCAACAUCGCGGUAAGAUGCAGUGGCGACCUGUUCGGAAUGCUGUGUUUGCGCGUGACGAGGCUAAGUAUUCGCUAAGGAAGGUGAAGAGGAAGUUUACGGGUGAUUUGGCGGGUCGGGAGCCGGAUAUUGAGACGGAGACGGGGACUUGAU